GCUAGUUGUCACACCAAAAAAUGCUGGUUGUCACAAAAAAACAUAGUAGUGCUGUAAAUUAAAUGCAGGCAUCAUCGGUUCCUUCACAAUGUGUCAGAAUCAGAUCAGAUUACAACAUAACUGAUCAACUGAAUAGCGUUUCUCAACUGUCCAACCGUGAAGCAUAGUGUAGCCUGCUGCUUUAUUUGCAGCUCAUACAGAUUCAGAUUUUAGAUCGAACAAUGAGAGGCAAGCACGUAUAUUCCAAAGUCAACUAAAAAAAAAACUGUGACAUGACAACUUUUUUAUAGGUUAAAUAUAAUAAUAAUGCUCCGCUGUCACUAGAACGUUGUUUUGGUUUGCUAAUCACAUGAUCCUCACCUGCAUCAUUCAAAUGCAGAAAAGGGAAAUGAAAGGAAAAAAAAAAAAGAAGCAAUUCCCCACAAAGGAGGAUACUCAUAUCACCAACCAAGAGGAAUCGAGAACUUCCCUUUUCUCUCAUAAGGCCACACCAGUUGUUUCCUUCUUUUCCAUUUCCAUUUCCCAUCCUUGAGAAAUAGAGAAGAUUGUUCUUUCUGCCAACUACCCUUUUGAGCUUUGAGUCUCCAACAUGGACAUUUCACAGAGAAAGAGAACUUUGCUUAAGAUCAUUGUUCUUGGUGAUAGUGGGGUGGGAAAGACUUCCUUGAUGAACCAAUAUGUUUAUAGAAAAUUCAGCCAGCAGUAUAAAGCUACAAUUGGGGCUGAUUUUGUUACCAAGGAAAUACAAGUUGAUGAUAAACUCGUAACAUUGCAGAUUUGGGAUACAGCAGGGCAAGAAAGGUUCCAUAGUAUUGGGGCUGCAUUUUAUAGAGGGGCAGAUUGCUGUGUUCUGGUAUAUGAUGUAAACAUACACAAAACAUUUGAUACACUAAACAAUUGGCAUGAUGAGUUUCUUAAGCAGGGAGAUAUGAACGAUCCUGAAGCAUUUCCCUUUGUAUUACUUGGAAACAAGGUUGAUGUAGACGGUGGAAACAGUAGAAGGGUAUUUGAAGUGAUCACUAUUGGCUUGGCCCUGCUAUUUGUUUCCAGGUCACUGAGAAAAAAGCUAGAGACUGGUGUGCUUCCCGGGGAAACAUACCAUACUUUGAGACCUCUGCGAAAGAGGGUUACAAUGUUGAAGAGGCUUUUUUAUGCGUUGCUAAAAUUGCACUAGAAAAUGAACACGAUCAAGACAUUUAUUUUCGAGGAAUCUCUGAAGCAGUUUCAGAAGCAGAACAACGAAGUGGUUGUGCAUGCUGAAGUAGGAUGUAAGAAGAUUAAUGUGUUUUACUGAACAUAUUUGGUUUUGAGCUCUGGUACAGUAUCAUUUAAUUCAUUAAGGUGUAGUGUCUAUUUUUAAAUCCCGAAAUUGGUACACAUCGUACGGGUUUCUAAAUCUCAGUAUGUGUGGAAAACCUUCUUUGUACUCUCUUCAGAUGAAAUUUUUAUUCUCAUGCUCGAAUCAAAAGUUAUGUAAAUCUUUUUUUGUAUAUUUUAUUUAUUGUUAAGUAUGUCAUGUAACCUUCUCUGUACUCUUUACAUGAUGAGCUUUUAAUUUUAAUGCUCAAACUAAAUGUUACGUAUA